ACCUGGAAUGGCUUACACUUGUGACCAUUUGUUCUCGUCUCUCUGUCAAAUUUGCGGUGUGAUCCUGACGAUCGGAGAGAGAGGGUGGGUGAGGAGGUAUUGAGGCGUGCGUUCGAGUGGUCGAGGUUGGAGAUGGGGAAGCGCAAGAGCGCGGCGAAGCCGGCUCCGCGGCGCGGCCAGGAGAAGCUCGCGACGGUGUUCAGCUGCCCUUUCUGCAACCACGACAACAGUGUGGAGUGCCGCAUGGAUCGCAAAAACCAAAUUGGAGAGGCGUCUUGUCGAAUAUGUCUGGAGAAGUUCAGCACGCCUAUUGAUUCGCUCAGUGACCCCAUCGAUGUCUACAGUGACUGGAUUGACGAGUGCGAGCGUAUCAAUGGUGGAGCGGAAUCUUGAGAUCUUUGAACGAGGGUUCAAGUGAUAGUCGUAUUUUCUUGAUACUUAAGCUUAAGUGUUCUUCUCGAGUGGAUUCCACAGAGGUUUUGUACAGACUUCAGGGAACUGGAUAGCUAGCCGCACUCAGUGAGCGUAAAAAGUAAUUGUUCGAGUCUCGUGUGCGGUUACUUGCGGAAACUCUGUGUGAAAAUUUCAAACGAGUGGGAAGUAUCACUCUAUGGAUUAGUGAGAGCUGAGUAAAAACAAGAUGUAGGAAAUUAAUUACGCUCAUGGGGUUGUAGAUUAUUCCACGGCCAGCUUUUUGGUCGAAUCCCUUCAUUAUGCUGCUACCUUAGUCUGUAAAUGGAUACUCAGGAUCUCAAAUAUAAGUUCCUCUCUUUACCAUAUUCUGUUCAGUAUCUGUUUGAUGGUUCCAUAAGAAAUAUCCGUAGAAUCGUAGCAGAUUCAUCAAAGUGUAACCAACAAGAGAUGGCGCCAAGAAAUAUUCUGCCACGUAGCAUUUGUUUAUGUUUAGAUUAGAAGUAAGAGCUUGGAUGCAGAUGCGCUCUUGGCUCAGGCUAAAAUCCAAUUCCUAAAUGAUAAUAUCAACGCGUCCAACCCCUGCUGAGGGUUGGCAUGUCGUUUUCUGUUCUGUUA